AUGACUAGUACUUUGACAACAACACAAGAAUCACAAUCACAAUCACAAUCAGAAUCAGAAUUACAAUCAGAAACAACAACAACAUUUCAAAUUGGUGAUAGAAUAAUAUCAAGUGAUGAUGAUCACUAUGGUACAAUUAGAUAUAUGGGUGAUGUAGAUGGCUUUGCAGGUAUGUGGUAUGGUAUAGAGUGGGAUGAUCCUACACGUGGUAAACACAAGGGUACUAUCAAGCAGAGAACAUACUUUGGUUGUACUGGAGGGGGCAGUGGAUCAUUUAUGAAGAUUGAGAAGCUUGUCGGUGGCACCAAUUUAAUUCACGCCCUUCUUAGAAAGUUUGGUCACAAAAUUGAUAAUUAUGAUGAUUUAUAUGUUCUUUCAAAUUUGGAUAACAAAGUACCAAUAGAACUGAUUGGAAUGGAAAAGAUUAGAGAGAGACAACAACAUUUGAAUGGUUUAGUAUCUAUCAAUGCUUGUGAUUUAAAAAUCUCUACUUUUAAUCCUACUCCUGCUAUUUUAAAUACUUUAACUUGCUUGGAAGAAUUAAAUCUUUCACAUAAUCUUUUAUCAAAUUGGAAAGAUAUACCUGAUUUAUUAAAACAAAUACCAACAUUGGAUAAAUUAAUACUCAGUGAAAAUAGAAUGGAGGUGACUGAUGAAUUUAUAGAUUAUAUAUCUACCAAUACGGCAACACUACAAUUUAAUAAUAUAAAGACAUUGGUAUUAAACAAAACCAAUAUAAAGUGGGAUAGAGUGGUAUCUCUAUGUAAAUAUAUGUUUAGAGAAUUACAAGUAUUACGUUUGGCUGAUAAUCAUAUUGAUUCAACUAAAUUAAAAGAAACAGAAGGAACAGAACAAUCAGAACAACAAGAGGAAUCAUUGGAAAUUAAUUCAUUGUUUCCUUCACUUUCUGUACUAGAUCUUUGUUUUAAUACUAUUUCAAGUUUUAAUUCAAUUAGAAAUAUUGGUUAUUUAUCAAAAUUAGAAGAAUUAAAUGUUAGUAAUAAUUUAAUUGAAAAUAUUGUAUUUCCAAAAACUAUGGAUGAUGGUUCUACUACCAAGAUUAAAGGGUUUGGUAAAUUAUCAACUUUAUAUUUAUCACACAACAAGAUUACGACGGUUGAAUCAAUCGAUGAAUUGGAUUUAUUACCAAGUUUGGUUGAUUUGUCAUUGAGAGAGAAUCCAAUAUUAUAUACAUUCAAAUCGACAGUGGAAAGUAAUCAAUCGACAAAAAAAGUUGAUAUGAUUACACAAAGUCGUCUCAAUAUUAUUCCUCGUAUUACAUCGCUACUAGCAUUUAACCUAACAAAGAUUACCGACCUUGAAAGAAAGGAUUCCGAAAUUUAUUUCCUUUCAGAAUUUUUUAAACCAGAUAUUCCAAUUAACCUACAAUCACCUAAAAUUAAACAUCUUGUUCAAAUUUAUGGUGAACCAAGUUAUACAAAAUAA